AUGACUUUCGAAAAGCAAAUCGUCAUUGAUGCCAAGGGUCACCUUAUGGGUCGUUUAGCUUCCAUUGUUGCUAAGGAACUUCUCAAGGGUCAAAAGAUCGUUGUUGUCCGUUGUGAAGAACUCGCCAUCAGUGGUCCAUUCUUCAGAAACAAGUUAAGAUUCCAACGUUACUUCCACAAGUCUUGUGUCUUCAACCCAGCCCGUGGUCCAUUCCACUUCCGUGCUCCAUCUAGAAUGUUCUACCACGUUGUCCGUGGUAUGGUUCCACACAAGACUGCCCGUGGUACCGCUGCCUUAGAACGUCUUAAGGUCUUCGACGGUAUUCCAGCUCCAUACGACAAGAUCAAGAGAAACGUUGUCCCAGAAGCUCUCCGUGUCCUCCGUCUUAAGCCAGGACGUAAGUACACCGCUCUUAAGAGAGUCAGCAGUGAAUUCGGAUGGAAGUACCAAGAUGUCGUUGAAAAGCUUGAAGCUAAGCGUAAGGUCAAGGCCCAAGCUUACUACGAAAAGAAGAAGGCUGUUCUUAACCUUAAGGCCAAGGCUGUUGAAAACUCUGAAGCUUCUUUAAAGGCCGUUAACGAAACUAUUGCCAAGUACGGUUACUAA